CGUGGCUUUUAUUACGUAUGCAAAAUUGAACCCAGUGCCCGGACGACACCGCAACAUUCAUGCAAUUGUUGUUUCUCUUCCGGCAGAAGGUUUAGGACACAACAAAUUCGCCAUGAUUUCGCAUAAUGGUUCUUCAACAACUUCUGUCGCGUUAUUGACUGCAACUUCAUCCGGAAUAAGCAAAGGAGUGAAUGAGAUCGGCGAUGAAGACAGCUAUCGUAACUUCUACAUUGGUCUUGGAUUGGCAGUUAGUUCGAGCGUCUUUAUUGGCAGCAGCUUUAUCAUAAAAAAGAAAGGCCUCCUUCGUGUAUCGCAAUCCUCUGGAGUAAGAGCGGGCAGUGGUGGUUUUGCUUAUCUAAAAGAAUGGCUUUGGUGGACUGGGUUAAUGCUAAUGGUACUUGGUGAGAUAGCAAACUUCACAGCUUAUGCAUUUGCACCAGCAGUUUUGGUAACACCACUUGGGGCACUAAGUGUCUUAGUAAGUGCUAUAUUAGCUUCAUAUUUCCUUCAAGAAGACUUAAAUAUCCAUGGCAAAAUUGGCUGUUUCCUAUCUCUUAUUGGUUCAGUUGUGCUCGUAAUUCACGCUCCUCAAGAAGAGUCAGUGGAGACAGUGGAAGAACUGGGCGCUAAGUUGACUGAUGCAGCUUUUGUCGCCUACGCUUGCAUAGUGUUAAUCAUUAGUGUCGUGUUAGUCUUUCAUUACGGUCCUCGUUAUGGCAAGGAAAAUAUACUCAUCUACAUUGCCAUCUGCUCUUUGGUUGGUUCCCUGUCUGUUAUGGGCUGUAAAGGUCUUGGAAUUGUCCUCAAGCAAAUGUUCAAGGGACAAAACGAGGUCAAGAAUCCUGUUGCGUGGAUGCUUUUGUUCGCGGUCGCAGGUUGCAUUGUCACUCAGAUGAACUACCUCAACAAGGCUUUGGAUAUAUUCAAUACUGCGUUAGUUACACCGAUAUAUUACGUCAUGUUCACAACGUUGACUAUUAUUGCGUCAGCAAUUCUCUUCAAAGAAUGGUCUAACAGGGAUGCGAAAGACGUUUUAGGUGCUCUCGCUGGUUUACUCACAAUUAUCGUCGGAGUGUUUUUGCUACACGCUUUCAGAGAUGUGAAAUUUUCGUUUCAUGAUUUGCCUAGUAUGUCGAAAUUUGCAAGAACGUUAACUAAUAGCAGACCCCGCACCGAUGGCGCGGAGCAAGCUAACCUUAUGCAAAAUAUGGCGAGAGGCGAUUCAGAUGAAGACAGUGAAGUAGAGAUUAAAGUUGUCGGCAACUCCGUUGGGAACCACGCUUAGUUAAGUUUUUCUCAAUUCAUCUUCAUCAUGCCAUAUUUUUUGUGGAGCGCAUUGAUUGAAUGUUGCAUGGGAUGACCAGAUACUGUAAGAAUAUGCAAGUCCGAUGACUGGAAUGUUCGUCCAUAGUUAUUAUUACAACUGAAGAUUAAUGAAAAAACAGUUGAACCAAAACCUAUUAACUUUUUGCGUGGAUAUAUAAUUAUUGUAGACCUAUAUCCAACGACAUGGGUUAAAAAGAAUUUUUUAGGUUGACACACUGCGUAUAUUGCAGAUUUCAGGCAAUUAUAAAUAUUUUCCAUAACAAGGCAUUUUAGCUGAGUUUAAUUAAUGAAUACAGUCAACGUAUAUCCGGAUGCAUGACUUUUUUAUCGAAUAACUGCAUGCAUGCAACAUAAGCUAGGUUAUGUUGACUGAUCGAACAUGCAUGCCUUAUUGCCAUGUUGAUUACACUGCACGGUAAUGCAAUGAAACCAAUUCUCUGUAUUAAUUCAGCUGUUAUGGAUAAUUUAUAGGUAAAGAUAUUUAUUGGAGCUAGUUACAAGAGAACAUUAUAAUUAUUAGCAAUUUCAAUUUAAUUUUUAAUGUAAAAUUGUAUUUAACGCAUUCAUAUAUUAUUGGAUUUUAAAUCCUAUAAAAGUUGUAAAUAAGCGUUUCCUUUUUUUCGCUGUGAACACAAGUGUGAAAUAUCAUUAUGUUAAUAGGAUAUCUUUACGCGGUAUCCACAACGA